UGGGUUUUUUUCAGGAAGUUGCUGUAUACAAAUCUACUUCAGCUUUUUGAUGAUCAGACAUGGCUGUCACACUGCAUACUGAUGUAGGAGAUAUUAAAAUCGAGCUAUUCUGUGAGCGUACACCAAAGACUUGCGAAAAUUUCCUGGCUCUUUGUGCUAGUAAUUACUACAAUGGAUGCGUAUUUCACCGGAAUAUAAAGGGCUUCAUGGUUCAGACAGGGGAUCCAUUAGGUACUGGGAAAGGUGGUAACAGCAUCUGGGGCAAGAAGUUUGAAGAUGAAUUCAGUGAAUACCUAAAGCACAGUGUUCGAGGGGUAGUUUCAAUGGCAAACAAUGGUCCAAAUACCAAUGGAUCGCAGUUCUUCAUCACUUAUGGCAAGCAACCACACCUAGACAUGAAGUACACUGUGUUUGGAAAAGUUAUUGAUGGCUUAGAGACCCUGGAUGAGCUGGAGAAGCUGCCUGUGAAUGAGAAAACCUACCGACCUCUUAAUGAUGUUCGCAUUAAAGAUAUUACAAUUCAUGCUAACCCUUUUGCUCUGUAGCCACGGAGUGCCUUGACACAUUCUACAGAGACCAGUCAUAUCAGCUGCUGGAUUGUGGGGUUUAAAGUGUUGCUAAAAAGGGUUUAUUGAGCUGGAUCAUACCUUUGCUUGUUGAAUGCAGGAUUUUUGGGAGUUGUGACAUUGGGAGUUGUCACAGAGGAGUCUUGUGGUUUAGAGGCCAUUUUUUCCAGAGUAUCUUCUAGGAUUUUGAUUUUUAAACACUGCUUUUUGUACUUGUAAAAUAAGAAAA